CACCUAUAAAAACCAGCUGGACCAUUCUCUGUCUGAGCUCUGAAACCUUGUAGAGUGCAGAGAACCAAACAAUGGGGACGGCGUCUUUCGUCUGCUCCACCAAAUUUCUCCUUCUCGCCUUGGUGGUUUCGGCCGUCCCCGUAGCGUUCAUCAUAUCCCUGGAACGGAGCAAGUCCUCAACUCACGUCUAUGAGUAUCACGGCCUUGGAUGGCUCAGGGAGUCCGGCAAGUGGGACGAUGCCAACCGUCGCUUCCUCGUGUCCAACCUGGAGGGCGGCAUCGGUCAGAUUCCGGUGCCGGAGGAUCACGCAUCAGGGACAGUCUUGCAAGAACAGACCGUCGUCAGGGAUGCCGACCUGGCAGGGAACGCUUCUCUUGGUAUUGUGGUGGACCCGCCCAGAAAUCGGCUCCUCGUUGCGAUCAGUGACUUGAUUGGCAAUCGAUACACUGCUCUUGCAGCCUACGACUUGACAUCGUGGAACCGAUUGUUCCUCACUCAGCUCAGUGGCAAAGAUGAUGAGAAAUCAUUAGCGGACGACGUAGCCGUGGACGCAGAAGGUAAUGCUUUCAUCACGGAUGCAAAAGCCAGCAAAAUAUGGAAGGUGGGUGUGAACGGAGAAUUCCUGUCCACCAUCAGAAGCCCACUCUUCAUUCACAAAGAAUGGUACAAGAACUUGGUUACACUGAACGGCAUUGUCUACCACCCGGACGGUUAUUUGUUGGUCAUCCAUACAAUCUCCGGUGCUUUGUUCAAGGUUGGGGUGGCAGAUGCUGGGGUUAAGUUAGUUAAGAUAGUUAAAGGGUCGCUUGCCUUCGGAGAUGGUAUUGAGCUCCUGUCUCCUACCAGGCUUGUAGUGGCCGGGAAUCCUUCGGGAAGAUUGGUUGAGAGUUCGGAUGGGUGGGAGACGGCAGCCGUCGUUGGCAAGUACGCCGGGCCCAUGCAUCGUCUGGCCUCGGCUGCCACGGUGAAGAACGGGAGGGUGUACUUGAACCAUAUAGUUGGCUUGGGGUUUCCAAAGAAGAAGCAUGUCUUUGUGGAGGCAGUGUUUUCACCUGUUUAAGUUUUAUGUUGUUAGCAGAAGCAUUGUAUGGUUUGAAAUGGAAGAAGUGGAUUGAGUGGGCCAGUGAGGUAGUGUGGUGAAUGGUGGUUUAUGGGCUUUAUUUGGUAGAUAGAUCUAUGGGCCUAUAAAUGGAAUUUGAUUUCAUCCGAAGCCUAUAUCUCGAUUUUUUACAACCAUAUAUUGAGUGCCUAUUUGGAGGGCUGUGCUGAUUGCUGAAUAUCCUGAAUAUCCAGUUAAGCUGGUUUAGUUGCUUUGAGA